CGGCCGUGUUGUUGCUUCUUGCCCCUGAUGGCUCUGUCUUCAGCCAGUCCUCUGGACAUCACGAGCAUCACAGAACAGAGAAAUGAAUCAGAUCCAAUUGGCAGUCCUAACAUCACAGUGAACUCACCAGUUGAAAUGGAUCCUCGUCUUGUGACUGUGGCUAUGUUCAGACAGCGGAGGGAGGUUCAAUCCCCCAUCGUCAUGCCAGAUGGAGACUCUUUCCUGGAAUGGGUGACCUGGAAGAACUCUCUCCCAAACAAUUCAGUUUCCUUUUACAAUGAUUAUGUUGGUCGUACUGAUUAUGUCUGCAAAUACAACCGUCAUGCUGGUUUUUAUUCCCCUAGUUCGGGUACUUACUGCCACUAUGCCGACGCAGGGACAGAAUAUACUGGUUACCCGUUUGAGAUUCUGGUGAACAAAGACAACUUUGAGAUCCUGGAGUGGAAGGAUGAUUCAUAUGGUUCAGUGCCCAAGAAUUCAGUGAUAACCAGCCCUGGAGAGAACAUAUAUGUAGGGAAGAACAAAUAUGGACUUGGUAAGGUUGAUACUCAUUACAAGCGCCUCUACUUGCCUUGGAAGGGUUAUGAAUAUUCAUACAAUGGCUACCAGGUCCUGACUAUCAGUGAGAAUAUAGUCAGACAGCAGAUUGACAAUGUCAGAUACAUCGCUGAUGAAUUAGAUAAGUUCAAAUAUCCCACAGAGAUCAUGCGUGUGUCCACCCUCAAGAACCUUGAAUCCCACCCAGCGGUGAGGACAGACACCCUCUCACAGACGUAUCAGGUGACUCAAAGGUGGGACUUCAGUUUUUCUAUCACAGCUGGGGUUAAAACAACCUUCACAGUCGGUGUCCCCUUCAUUGCUGAAGGAGGUAUUGAGAUCAGCUUUGAAACAACAUUCCAGUACUCCAUGGGUAACACUGUGACAGAAAGUGUCACUGAUACUGUUACUGUGCAGCUCACAGCCCCUCCUAACACAUCCUGCUCCGUUAAUAUGAUGCGACAUAAGAACAAGCUCACCAUCCCGUUCACUGCACGCCUCAGACGCACCUAUGGUAACGGGGAGAUCCACACCACGUCCAUCACUGGGACGUAUAGUGGUGUUCAGGUUGGAAAAGUUGAGGUGGUGCAUGAUAAAUGUGAACCUCUAGACAUCUCAAACCAUGAGCAUGAAAUGUAAAGUCCAACAUUAUGAUUGAAAUUAUUUAUCUGCAUGUUUGAUUAACUUCCACUUUUUAACAAUGAUGACACUUUGGCCCAAAGACAAAUAAAAGCAGUCUCAUAAACUGAAUAUGAUUAUAGAUCUGUGCCUAUACC